GUAUAAAUACUGUCUGUAAUAGCCAUUUCGUCAGUUCAAAAUGAAAUAUACGAUCUGCCUAUCACUACUGCUGGCACUCCUUUACGUCCACAGCGAAGCUGUGGUCAGGGUGUCUCUGCAAAAGAGGCUUCAAAACAAGGAUCGGUUGACUUCACUUGAGAAUUUAAUGAAAUACCAGCAUCGUCUAAAAAAAUAUUUGUUUUUGAAUAAUAAAAACACGAAAGAGGAUCUACAAACCAAUUUGAACACUGCUUACUACGGGACAAUCUCAUUGGGCACGCCACCUCAAAAUUUCACCGUAGUCUUCGACACGGGAUCUUCAAAACUUUGGAUUCCAUCGUCGUAUUGCAAAAGCCGGAACGUAUGCAGUACGUUUCCCAUCAAAUCUUUUCUAAGAGUUUACGGGAUCGGCUUUUACGAUCAUAAGUCUUCGACUCACCAAUUAACGGGUAAAACAUUCCAGAUCGCAUACUGGACCGGAGCUGUAGCUGGAUACUUGGCCCAAGAUACAUUAACCAUUGGAAAUAUGAGUGUACGGAACCAAGAGUUUGGGGAAACGACAUUAGAAACGCAAGCACCUUUUGGUUGGGCUCAAUUCGACGGAAUCUUUGGUCUUAGUUUUCAAUCUCUAUCGGUUCAGGAUGUCGUACCGCCAUUUGUCAACAUGAUGAGACAGGGCCUAGUAGAAAAAGGGAAAUUCUCCUUCUACCUCGGAAGAAAUCCUGAUGACGAGGUUGGAGGAGAACUGGUCUUUGGAGGUGUUAAUGAAGAUAAAGUUGACGUAAAAACUCUCAAAUCAUUUAAUAUAACUUCUGACCGCUUCUGGAAAGUCAAAAUCGACGGUAUCGAAAGCGAAGACCGUAAAUGGUACACAAGCGGUUGCCAGGCUAUAGUUGACAGUGGUACGUCUUUCAUCGUCGGCCCGGCUGAUGUUAUAAACGACUUAUUAUAUAAAAAGAUCGGAGCGGUAUUCGUUAAACAACUCGGUGUAUCGGCUGUCAAUUGUGACGAAUUGGACGAUUUACCCACUGUUAAUAUUACCAUUGGUGGUGUAAAAUACCCGCUGAAAUCGUCCGACUACGUCAUUAAGUUCAAAGAAAGGGAAGGAGAUGUGUGCGUCCCAGCAUUUUCCCCUAUGAAUAAAGCCAAAUCCUGGAUUCUCGGUGAUGUCUUCAUGAGGACGGUAUACACGGUUUUUGACAUAGAGAACCGCACUGUCAGCUUCGGAAAAUUGAAAUCAUAAUCUUUAAUUUGUGAUUUCUUUAAAAUAUAUUUUUCUCACUUUUUA